AUGACAAAAACAUUCCAAAAGUGUAGGCUUUGCUUAAAACUAGGAGAAUUCUGUUCAAUUUUUGAAGAUGAUGGUGCUAUCAAGUUAUCAGAUAUGGUUAUGGCUUUUGCUAAUGUUCAAAUUCAUGAAGGUGACGGUCUUUCAGACCGUGUAUGUACAACUUGUGUGGAAAACUUAAGUUCCGCUUAUUUAUUUAAACUGCAAUGUGAAAGGACUAAUACUUUACUUCAUAAAUGUCCAGAAGAAGAGAUAGACAAGCCAUCCACUGCACACUUCAAUGGGUUUUAUAGUCAAGACUUUCAUUUACAUUCCGAAAAUAGUUCAGCAGAAGGUGAAAAUGAUCAAAAUAUUAUCAGAGACUGUCACAGAGAAUCCCACUUAAAAACCAUUGACGAAAUAAGUGAUGAAACUGACAGUGAUGUAGAUUCUGUUAAGUGUGUGUAUUGUAGCCAAUCAUACAACAACUUUGGAGCACACACUUGCAAUGUUACUUGUACUAUUGAACGUAACGAGAUGCAGAAUUCUAGUACUGGUUCUGGAAUUGGCUCGGGUAGUGAUGAGACGCUAGUUGCUACAGAUACUACGCCACCAACAACACCCGGUAAAUCUAGUUUGCAAUCUGAUAACCAACCAUCACACAUUCGGGUGCCUUGUGUACUUUGUGAAGAAAAAUAUGACAAUUAUGAUGACUAUGUUAUUCAUUUGAACAAAUGUACUACUAAUGUAAAAUUACAACAUUUUGUAUGUCCUUUGUGCCAUGAAAUUUAUACAGAGAAAUUAAUUUAUUUAGAACAUUUAAAAGAUGCUCAUUUCAAGGUAGUAAGGUCACCAUUUGAUAGAGGAGAGGAUUGUGUAGAUUUCGCUCCAACAAUAGAAAAAACGAGGAAACCAAAACUCGUGCGACGUCAAAUUGGUUGGUCUGUUGAAGACAUAUACCAGGAGAUUGAAUGCCGAAAAGUUGAGGACAAAGAAACAUCAAAAUCAAGUCCAUUUAAAUCGUUUUUUUCCAAACUAGGGAGCGAACCAUCUAGUAAGCAUAGUACUCCAAAAAAGGUCAGCUUUCGUAACUGGAUAGAAUCCAGUAAGGCUAAAACAUCAAAUUAUUUGCCUUUUCGAAAAUACAUUGAAAACUACAGACUUAAAAAGAAGUCUAAUAAUUAUGCCCCCAUAAAUUCCAAGACUGCUACAUGUACUAUAAGGGCUACAUUUCCUGAAGCUACAUCAGAUAGUGAUUACAAUUCUCCAAGUGGUACUUCAGAAGAAUCAUGGAAAAUGAAACAGAACUUGAUUUGUGCAUGUGACAAGAAAAUUUUCAUGUUAUCAGAGUCUAUUCAUGACCAUGACCGCAUUGUUGCCAUGAUUAACGAAUUAGGUGGCGUAGUAGCAGAAAAUACAAAAAUGGAAAUGAUGGCAACACAUUUUAUUUCGGUUCUGCCAAAUGAUACAUUUACAGGAAUGAUGGUAUGUGCCUUGGCCACGGGUAAAUGGCUACUUCAUGUCAGCUUUAUAUACGACAGUUUCCGAUGCAAAAAGUUUUUACGUGAAGACAUGUAUGAAUGGUUAAAACAUCCAAAAAUAGUAGAAAUAGAUUCCACAAAUGUUGAAGUUGCAAAAGCAGCAGUAUACUGGCACUUGGAACUUCAAGCCCUCGGUGCCAAAUUUCCCUUUGAAGGGAAACAAAUUGUUUUAAUAAUGAGGAAAAAGUACAGACAAUAUUAUCAAAUGAUUUUCAAAACUUUGAAAGCAAAACCAUUGACAUAUGACCCAAGAACGCCGGGUAGCUGUUGUUCAGCCGAUUACUGUUUCGUUGACAUGAAAAUUAUUGAAAGAGUUAAACUUCGCUUCUUCUUUCAUCACAAUGUACCUGUUUUUCCAUAUCAGUUCAUUUUGGUGUACCUCUUGAAGAAAGGUCGCGUAGAUGACGAACAAAAAUAUAUGCUACAAGACAGCUCAAAAUUUUUAUCAGAGGAUACGAUUUGUUUCCUAAAUAAUACUUUUUAA